AGUUCUAGUUCUGUGGGGCUGGUUCGGGGUGGAGUUCAUCCUCUGACCAUCUGCAGCCCAAAGGUGAUGUCAAUGUUUCUCGAUGGCAUGAUGAGCCAAAUUGGCAUCUCUACUCAGGGCGCUUUAGAUGCCCUGAGAAGACAGCUGGGACCUGGCGUUGAUCCUUUGUACGACGCUUCGAAGCGCGACUCCCACAAGCCAUGGCAGCUGUCGAAGUCAGAGGAAGGUGUGCACGAGAGCUCGGGCAGCAUCGACCAGCUGCGACGAGCCUUGCGGGAGGUGGUUGGUGUGACCACGGAGCAGGAUCAACCCCAGGGUGAGGUCGAGACUCAGGACGAUGCGAAGCUCUCACCCGCUCAGAUUAGAGCUUUGCGAGAGCAGAAAAGGCCAAUGUCGUCUUUUGUCUCCAGCAGCAGAGAUCAGAUGACCUCCCUGGCAGUGGAGAACCGUUUCCGGGCACCACCACCAGGGUCCUACAGACCGAGCACUCACCUUUGUGAGCCUAGAGUGAAGACUCCAGUUUUCCGGGUGCCGGAUGGAACGCUGAGCAGAAAGCAGAAGGUCUUCGAGCGGGAGGUGGCUAAGCUUCAGGCUGCAGGAAAGCCAUACGAGCACUUACUGCAAGGCGUUAGAAGCGUAGAGCUUCUGGACCAGCCACCUGAAAAGCUGCAGAGAGCUAUCACAACACCUGAUCUGGAAAGAUAUACAGCCAGGCCAGACAUGAUCAAGUUGGCAAAUAUCCACUUCCACGACAGCGAGUUUACAGACGGUGUCCUAGAUGGAGAUGUUAGCACCUCCAUGAUUCUCCGGAGCCCAAAAUGGGACUUUGCAAAGCUUUCUGCAUCUCAACGCAAGGACUCUGACACAUACUUUCAGCCAGGGCAGUACAAACCAAACCUCGAUGCGGUGCGACCGAAACUAGAGACCAAGAACAUUCCUUUCAACAAGCUCCCGCCCCGGAAGCCCUUGAAGGAGACAGUGGGCCGCUUCGAGUUGGAUGGGAGAGAAGGCGAUCACUUGCCAGAUAGGUCUCUUUCCAGAAGCUGCCCAUUCUUGAUGCCUAGACUACACAGUCCUAACUUGUCAAAAGACUCAGAGCGCCCGCCGAUCAUGGGCAGAAGGAAGCCCUGGCAUGACAUCAAUGAUCCAGAGGUUGAUAGAGUCGUCUAUGAUUACGAGAUGAAUUUCAACAUCAUGGAGUGCGAGAAGGCUCGCUGGAAGCCACAGACCGCGGGAGACUUCAGCAAGAGCUUAAGCAGGAAGCAGCACUUGCGUGCAAUGAGGAUGUAUGGCCAGGAUGCGGCUCUGCUCAAGGCAAAAGCCAACCUGACCGAAGGUCCUGUGAGUGUAGAGCUUUUGUCUGACAUUGACAGUAGUCCGAUGCUCCACCCCAAGGUGAUGUCUCCUCGGUUCGAGAUGAUGGCUAUGAGAGAACCAGAGCACAAGUAUGCGGAAUCGCCUGCUCGCCUGAAAGAUGCGAAGGGCACCAAAUUCAAGCGUGAGCUUCGAUCUGGUGAGUCCUGGACUGACACUGGGAGCCUCUCUCCUUUAGCAAGUGCUAUCUCAGAGCUACGGUCAGUGCGAAGCUACGAAGCACUCAGUCAAGGAACUUGAACUUGAUAGCUGUUCAGGCAGAAGAUGAUUUGAGAAGCGCUCUUAGGAUUAUAUAAUGCUCUCACAGGGCAUGGAAACCAUCCCCUGUCUUCUUUUUUCUCACCCUCAGCGCCAAAGGGCGGUUGGUGGUUCCCUGCACACAAGAGGGAGCUAUGUUGUGGAGGUCAGUUGAUCUCGUACCAAAUCUUAUGGCCCAAGGUCAAGAUCGAGUGCAAACGAGUUUUCUUGGCGCGCGUAAGAAAA